CUCAUGGCCAUGCGAUGGAAUCAGCAAAAGUUCCGAAAUUUGGCAGUUUCACUGACUCGCCGAUAUCAGAAGACCAGAAAAGCUCUGCAAAGCCAGUUACAAAACCUAGAGUCCUUGAAAGCCCAAUUGGCAGUGACAGAGAGCCAACUGGAAGACUGGGUCAGUGAUGUAAAGGAGUGGGCAGGCGCAGCAAGAGUAACAACCACAAAUGAUGCUGAUGGCUUGGCCAGCAGAAUUGAGGUCCUGGUAGCGAGUAUCAAGAGACGUUCCCAUCGGCUCUACAAAGAUACCGAUGGGAACAAAGGUCGUGCCAGAAUCCGCCGCAAGAUCAGGGAGGAGAAGGGCAUCCUGACAUCUGUUGUGGAGAAAUACAACAGAAUGGUUCCAAGCACAGAAAGUCUUUGCAUGGAAACCAUUCUGUCUGGUGAGACAGCUUGGCCAUGGCAGCUACCACACAGUGACUCUGUCGAUCUAAGGACAAAAAGAAGAGCGUUUGACAUCAUCAUGUCAGUAAGAAGACUUGAGGAGGAGCUGAAGAUUCUUGUGGCAGAGAUGGACCACCACUGGAAAUCUCUUUCAACUCGUGCUGAUACCCUCAGAGAGCUGUCCCACAUGUUUGCCAGUGAGACAAUGAGAAAUUCACCAUGUUGCUUAAGUGAAGAGGGUUUGAAAGGUCUGCAAAGCAUCAUCCUGAGAAAGCAACAUAAAGUCAGAGAAAUGAAGGUGCAAGCAAGAGACUGUUACCUGCAAGUUUUGUCUGGAGAAGGCAACAUCAACUUUUUGUACAGUGCUUCAGCUGAUGAGUAUGACAGUGACUGUGAAAUGUCUGAUGACGGACUGUAAUCCACAAGACUGUGACACCUUUUUAUCGUUCUGGACAAUGACCUUAAAUCUGUAUAUAAAGAAUGUAAUAAAAUCUGCUUUU